AUGCGAAUUGACGCGCCGGCCAGGCCCAAGCAGGGGAAAAAAGAAAAACCACACAACUCAGUCAACCGUGGCUCAAAUGAACCCAAUCCACUCGAUUUGAGUACAACCGACCUCGCCAUCGCAUUAGAACCGUUUGGCUAUGGAAGAGACAAGACCACCGGCCAGAGAUCAACCACUCUCAGACAACUGCCCGAGAUCCUUGCCAAGUUUCAAGACUCGCGGGAAACCCUCUAUCUCUCCAACGAUGCCCUCAAACAGAUCAUGGACUUCGCCGCCAGCAACCCUGAACAACUCGUUGGAGACGACAUCCUCAAUGACCUCCUCCAGACCGCCAAGCAAGUCAAUGCCAAACCCAGCCCUGCUCAUCCAGAUUCAGAACAGCCAUCCCAGAACAGCAGAUCGCCAUCCCCCGAGCAACGUAUCCGCACUGCCGAAUCGCCCUCUAGCAGCACUGGCGCCCGCAGUGGCAUCUAUUACGGCUCAAACUCCCCCUCCCCCGCCCCAUCCAUCUCAGCCGAACAACAGGACCAACUAGCCGAGCUGAGCCAGCCAGACAACUCAUUCGACAGCACCCAAGAACAGACCAUCACCCAGCAAUCCUCAUCCAACUCUCCACUAUCACCCCCCAAACCUCCCCGCAAACCUCCAGCACCCGAACGGCACCGCUCGGUCCCCAUCGGCUUCGGUGACACCUUCCUCAAAAGGCCUCGCCCACCAAGCCGAAGAAGCAAGGUCUCCAGCGUCGAUCUUCAUUCGCAUCAUUCCACCCCUUCCAGGUUCGCCCAUCAUCGACCGAUCUCCGCCACUCUUCGCUCCCAGUCUUCCCCCAACACAGAAGAGGGGGAUCAAGAUGACAGCAGUGAUCACAACUCCAAUCAAACCCCCCAGGGCCUCGGCACCCCCUUCUCGACCCGUCAUCCUCAGUCCCAGUCCUUCUCCGAAACCAGCCUUACACCCAACAACCUGUCCUCGGUCAUCUUCAGCAACCGUCAACGCGGCCUAUACGACUCAUCUGAUGACAAUCCGGAAGCUGGGGCCCUGCCAGACCCAGCUGAGGAUGGGGAGUCAGAUCCGACCGACAUCAUCCGCCGCAUCCGGCCAGAUCAGAGCAGUCGACCGAGCUCGAAAGUGUUCACCCGUCUCUACGAGUCAGGCGUCGGCCUGGACGGCUAUCCGACCCCGCAAGCCGAGCUCCAGCCGAUGAUCGCCGAAGACCUCGCCCGGAGCUGCGAGAACCUCCGGACUAAGAACAAGGAGCUCGUCAACCAGAUCGUCGCCCUCGAAAAGAUGCACGACGAUGAGCUCGGUCGACUGACCGACGAGCUCGAAGAGCUCAAACAGGAACUCUCGAGCUGCAAAAAAUCCGAAAAGGAUCUCGCCAACUUCUCCGCUACUCUCAGCUACCAACUGACUAACUCGGAUGACCAGAUGAGUCGACUGAACUCUAGUAAGAGUCUUCUCGAAGAGAACUACCAUAAGAUCAAGAUCAAAUGGGAAGAAGCUGUUGCCGAAUCAGAAAAACUUAGGACUCAGCUUAAUCUCAAAGAAGAAGAACUGCGAUGUACUAACCGAAGCAUCCAAUCGCAUGCCAGUGAAGUGAAAAAAUGGGAACUUGACCGACAGAUGCGUGAAGAGCACAUCAAAAACUUGAACAUGGAGCUCCAAGAACUACAGACGACACGGGAGAUAUUAGAGGAGCAAAAGCAAGCGAACCUAGACUUGAAGGCGACGAUUGACCGACUGAAGUACGAGCUCGAUGAGCAACGGACGCGGAAUGCGGGAUCGAGUGUCGCGGACAGUCGGCCGACGAGCAUUGCGGGAAGUCUCAGUCAGAACCUCGGCGAGGAGUUCAAGAAGGCGAUCAGUACGGGCGAUUACGGGCCCCAGGAGGACUCCGGUAGCGAUACCUCCGGCGACGAGACUGCUGAAAUUAACAGGAUCAUUAAGGAUGCUGGGGCCGGUGAACCGAGUCCUGAGAUCGACGGAGAUGCGAUCUUCCAGGAGAUCCGAAUCAGGAGGUACAAGCGAAGCAAGACUCUGGUGCGAGGGGAGAGCUCUGGGGCCGGAGAGGGGGAGCAAGGCUCGACAUUCAUCGACGAAGAGGAGAUUGAGCUACAAGACGCGGCGACGGACACGGCGGACCUGACGGCGUUCAAGACGGCGGACACGCAGACGGACCCGGUCCCGGAGCCGCCGCCGGUCUACCGACCCAAGAUGGAAGACCUGCAAGUGCAGACCGACGCCGUUUCGGAAUCGGGCCCCCUGCAAGAAGAAGAGGAGACGCAGGGGGAAGCGGGCGCGUUGUUGGAGCUCGUCGCGGGGAUCGAUCCGCAGGUGUUGAAGCUCGCCAUCGAGCACAUCAAGCGCGAGAUGAACGAGCCUGCUCGGUCCGGGCCCUCGACGACGGAGGAAGCGGGCGACUCAGAAGAGGACGACGGCGCGAGCUCCUCGACGGCCGCCUGCCGUCCCACUACGUCUGUGCCCAAUGAACGAGAGAAGAAGACUGGCGAUGCUGAGAAGGAGGGGCCAGGAUACUGGAGCCGCUGGGGCCGUUCGGCGGCCGUGAGGCUGGACGGCCUGUUCAGCACCCUGGGGCUGUUGAGUCCGCGGGCCGCCGAAGACGCAGAGGGCGAGGGUCCGGAAUGGGAGGGCGGCGUGCGGCGGCGCGUGCGGCUGUGUUCGUCGAUCGUCCUCGUCCUGGCCACGGGCUAUGUGCUGGGCAGCCUGAUCAUGCGGGGUCCAGCGACGACCUUCUCGUGUCCCUCCGGCCCUCCAGCCCUCCUCUCCCCAUCCGACUCGUCCUCCUGUAUCAUGGAGACGCUCAAACGGGCCAGCACCGAGCACUUGGCCUACUCCCUCGCCCUCUCCUCCGCCCCCCCGCCCCCUUCCCCGCCCGCCUUCAACUCCUCCUCUGCCUCCCCUAUCAACCACUCCGUCUUCAGGGUCCAGCCCGCCUCCCUCGCACAGCUUAUCGACUUCAACGCCGUCGCCGCCGGCAAGGAGGGCUUCAUCGUCUCGCUGCGCACUCACAUCGAUCUCCUUCUUCGCUGGAAAAACUUCGGCACUAGCAUGCUUUGGAACACCGUCUCUAGAUACCAAACUAGUCCCACCUAA